AUGGAAGCAAGGACAGGCCGUGAUAAACAGGUUUAUAAAAAAGGUAGCAUACGUCAGGUAGCUGGGUGUGUCCCAGUAAAUAAAAAAACAGGUGAAAUACUUUUAAUAACACGGCGAAAAGGGGGCGGUUGGAUAUUGCCAAAAGGUGGAUGGGAGAGUGAUGAGUCACGACAGGAGGCAGCAGCAAGAGAAACAUACGAAGAAGCCGGUGCCAAGGGACGAAUAACGGGACUACUGGGUGAAUGGGAUCAUCAUGUUGUAAAUAAAUCCACGGGACUGCCAAAAGCAAUGUUUAGUUUCUUUGAAAUGGAGGUUGACAAAUUGGAGGAAAAAUGGCCUGAGAUGGGGGAACGGGAUAGACAAUGGUUUCAUUACGAUGAAGCUGUAAACAUGGUAAUAAAACCAUUUAUGCGAGAAGUAAUUCAGAAUUGCUCGCUUGCACCGCAUACAGACAGAAUUCAGGAUUCGACCAAUUCUUCAGAAAUAACAACAAACACCUCACUACCUGCAACCUCCUCAUCGGAGGAGGACUUUAAAGACACUUGGAUAUGGCAGUUUUCUGUAGUCAUAGUUUUAUUUGCGUUUUUCGUAUGGCUCGUGUUGACGCGAUACGAUCAAGAUCUGAUUCCGGAACGAGUUGGAAAAAUAGUGCCGUUUUUUUCGUUUGCUGAUGAGCAGUAA